AUGUGGCUUCAUCGAAAUUUAGACCCUAUUAUGGGCGCCAUGUUCUUGUGUUCGAUCUCUACGCAUUUCAUCUACCAACGUCGGCAACAAAUCGAAGAGAAACAGCAGUUUGUUGCUCAGAAAAGUAUUUUGAGUGGGAUAUACCGUCGCUUGAAGGCCGGGGAGCGUGUAAAUGCCUCCGAAUAUUCCAGGCUGAUAGCUCUGGCAAGCACGCCAGAAGCUGGGCCUCAAGGCUUGUCGCCAAUCAAGCCCACGGACCAAAAUUGCAGCGGGACUGUGGUCUCCAGCUUUAGUAGCUUUUUUGGAGGUCAAAAGACUUCCAAGGAAGAAUCAGACAGAAUGGACGAAGUGGUAUGGCGUGAAUGGGAACAAGUCAUGGACAGAGAAGAGAAAGAGCGCGGGGCUGGAAGACCCCUUGCGGAAAACCCAGUAGUGGCUGCGCCACUCGUUCAUGCAGAACACUUUGACACUGAGUCACCGCGACCGCCACAUUCCUCCACUUCUCCCACACCGGCAGAUAGAAAGAGCACGUACUAUGUAUGA